AGCGUUUCCACGUCACCAUACUAUCACUUUCCCGUAUCCACAUCCUGCCACGUGUCGAACGCCCAGAAAGCCUAGGAAAAUCGUUUAUAAAUAGCUUACUGAGCUGCCUCAGGCUCAGACAGUGUCUCAAAGAAACCGACGUAUAGCGUCGAGUUUAGUGUUUGUUUGUUCCAUACCCUCUUAUAUUAAAAUAAUCGAUAUGGUUUUUGAGCUACACCUUCCCUUGCUCCCCAUUAAUGGAUUCUAUGUUUCUUGAUCCUGGCUGAUUAUGCUUCACCAAAUCUUUUUGUGAAAAUUCGGCAUUAUUUAAAUGGUCAGUGCUUUUUCACCCAUACGAGUUUCACAUUUUUCUCUCUUUAAUGAUCUCAUUUUCGUCUAUACUAAGAAAAUGCCAUUGGAAUAGUGAUGCAAUGGUGGAAUGGAUUAUCUCGUAAUUUAAAAACGCAAUUGGAAUUUAGUCAUAUAAUGGUGGGAGCGAUAUUUUGAUGGGUUUUUGUUAGUUUGUGAUGAUGGUUUGCUUUUUGGGAUGUUGAAAUGAGAAAGGCGCCGAAUUCCUGCUAUGAGCACUUAUUCAGUUGGUUUAGUUAGGAGGAAUACGUACUUUCGAUUGGGUUAGAGGAGGGAAGUAUGGAGCCUCUAUGUGAGUUUUGCGGGGUGGCGAGGGCAUUGGUGUAUUGUAAAUCAGAUUUGGCUUGCCUUUGCUUUCCCUGUGAUGGGUGUGUACAUUCAGCCAAUUCCUUGUCCCGUAGGCACAUGCGUUCUCUUUUAUGUGAAAAGUGCUACUCCCAACCUGCAAUUGUGCGAUGCAUGGAUGAUAAAAUGUCUCUUUGUGAAGGCUGCGACUGCAAUGGCAAUGAGUGUUCAAGGUUGGGGCAUCCGCGUCAGCCAUUGAGCUGUUAUACAGGCUGUCCAUCUUUGGCUGAGUUGUCAAGGAUUUGGCCUUCACUCCUUGAUAUGCCUCCUUCGAGUGCUUUUGAUACUGCUUGGGAGUGUGUGAGUGCGCUACCUAUAGAUGAGAAUUGCAUCAGUGAAUGUUUGGACCUAAGAGAUAAUGAGGGGUUUGGGUUGGUAGCAAGCAAGCCGAAUGAACUAGAACCUUUCUCUAAGCUUGAUCCUUGGAUGGGGUUGUCAUCUGUGAUUCCACUAAAUGCAAAUUCCAUGCAAUUCUGCAGAGAUCAGACACCUUUCUUCCCUGAAGAAUCGAGUUUGCCAAAGGAUGCUUCCAAUUUCAAGAAUCUUGGAAUUCAUGAUUGUGAUGAUCUUUGUGAAGGUCUCAACAGUGUUGACGUUCCAUUAAUCUUAAAAAAUGGUGAGAUAGUUGGCUGUCCACAAGCUCUUACCGGAUACCCGUUCAAGGAAGGAGGAAUGGAAUGCCUAUCAACGGAGAAAAACUUAUCAGUCACUGAAUCUAAUGGUCCAUUUGAGAGUGCUUUGGAGGCAUCUUCGUCUGGGCAACAAGAUUGUGUGCCCUUUAAAACUUCUCAUGUUGGUGGGUCAAGUAGCAUGAUGCAGGCCUUGAAUGGCGGCACAAAUUGCUUACCUCUGAAUCAUACGUGUGCUGGGAACAUCAAUCUGGGGUUUCCUACAGGGCAAGUUCAUUCGAGCAUAUCACUGUCAUUAUCCAACAUCACCGGUGAAAGUAGUGUAGCUGAUCAUCAAGAUUGUGGAUUGUCACCAGCAUUUCUAACAGUUGAGUCACCUUGGGCAUCAAAAGCAAGGGAUAAAGCUAAGAUGAGAUAUAAUGAAAAAAAGAAAAGUCGAACGUUUGGUAAACAAAUAAGAUAUGCCUCACGUAAAGCCAGAGCUGAUACUAGAAAGCGUGUGAAAGGAAGAUUUGUGAAAGCAGAGCAGGAUAGUCCAUGCUCGACUGAACCUUCAUGUUCCUACAGAUUUCAUGCGAACGAGGACAUAUCUUCAACACUGGUUGCCCCUUAGAAAAAAUUUGAAAGUUACACCUCUUGAAUCUUCAUACUACCUCACCUAUUUAUACAACAACAGAUACUCAGUUGGAAGAUACAAAAUGACGAAGAAUAAUCACUACCUUCUGCCUUCUGCGUAGCAUAAUGUAGACCCCCCUCCUCUUGCUUUUGCUUAAUUCGUUUCUUUUAUCUUUGUUGCAUUAUAUAUUUAAAUUUUAAUCAGUUUAGAAUCACACCGGAUACAAAUCCUCUUUAAAUAUUUGCCCAAAGUUAAUACUCCAAUACAGAGAGAGACAUGUAAUCUCACAACAUUUAAUGCUGCCCCUACAAGAUUUCCAGUCAGUGUGAAUCUCACAUGCAUGGGAUAUUUAAAUAUAUAUAUAUAUAUUAUCUUUUCAAAUUGAACAAUAUCUUCAUUAGAGUAAUUUUUAUUCAAUCUUUUCGCACCCUAUUCCAUAAAGAAUGUCGCUCUCUUUGUACGGUUAGAAACGAGAAGACACCGAGCCACAUUAUAAUGUAGAGCAAUUUGGAUGUACUCUCCAACAGUAUUCCUCGCUCCAGAUCUCACCCUUCUACUGAAUACCUUUUUGUCUCUAUUUGCUACCAAUCCCAUUUAUAGCGAGUGCAGGCUCCAGGGUUUUUUGUGUUGUCAAGGGUAUGUUGGGAUAUUUCUUUUUACAUCGAAUGGUUCAUCUCUGUGUCCUAUUGCAUUGAGAACAAAACAGAUAAUGUGCAAGGAGUUUGUACAAAAUUGCGUGCCGUAAUCAGAAUAGAUGAUGCCUUGAGAUCGGGGUUAGGAGUUCUUUGAAUGAAAACAACUUCAGUCUCCCAUCUGUUGUGAGGAAGCCAUAGAAUAUGCUGGUUUUUUUGUGUUAAAACUGAUUGUGGAGCAGGUGGAGCCAUUUUGUUCUUAGAUCUGGGACAUGAGGAUAUGCUUCUUCUGUUCUCGUUCCUAGAUUAUGCAUUUUUUAAGAUUUUCCAGAAUUGGGAAUAUAUGGUCUUGAUAUUUUCUUUCCCAAAAUCAUAAUCAUGGGCCAUCUUUGUUUUUUGAGUCGUAAAUUUGUAUCAGUUUUUGAAAUAGAUGAUAAAUGAUAAUGGGUGUUGCAUA